AUGGACUCUCUGCAGGAACUGCCCGUUUUUUCUCUUUUAAUCAGUGCUAUUGUGACUUGGAAGGGUUUGAAAGAUGGAAAACUGUCAUUUGAUGGUGCCGUCGCGGCAUUCUUCGUCGGCUUCGCGAUGCUCAGCACGCCGUUACACGUCUUUGGUAUAACAUUACUUGUCCUUUACUUUGUAGGGUCCCGUGCGACUCGUGUAGGCAAAGCACACAAAGUCAAGAUGGAGGAAGGCGCAAAAGUUGGCUUGGGGGCACGCGACGCUGUUCAGGCAUCGUUCAUUGCGUGCCUCCUAUGGAGAGCGCGCUUCACCGAUUCACGGCUCUCAGCGUUUAUUGGCGUACAGCAAUCCAAGCCCUACAACUCGAAUACCACAUGCGCUAUUGAUCCCACGUAUGGAGACCGUGUGAGCUACGCACUGGUUUUGGCCGCCCUUGGCCAGUUUGGUUGUUCUCUCGGAGAUACGUUGGCUUCGGAACUCGGGAUUUUAUCCAAGUCGAAACCCAUCCUCGUCACAACGCUCAAGAAAGUUCCUCCGGGAACAAAUGGCGCAAUGAGCGUGCUGGGCACGGCCGUGAGCGUUGGCGGCGGGGGAUUGAUAGGAUUAACAAUGAGCCUCGUCUUGCUCGUCGAUAAUCCUGCAUGCAGAGAUCUGGGAUACAUCCCGUUUCUCAAACUCUGUUUGUUGGGAAUCUUCGCUGGAGGCUUUGGGUCUUUGCUGGACUCCUUCUUAGGUGCUACUGUACAGCAGACACUGUAUUCUACAAAGACGGAGCGUAUACUUACAGAAGAUGGCGAAACCAAACCUGGCUCGAGCGUCAAGGUCAUCUCGGGACGAAAUCUACUCUCCAACAACCAGGUGAACCUUGUGUCUGCUAUUGUUACCACGCUUGUCGUUGCAUAUAUCGGAUGA